AUGCAAGUAGAUGAACAAGUUAGUCGAGAAACCAAUAUGGGAAUAGUGGCAGAAGCACACAAUGUUAAGGUUUUAGGCUCAGGAGAGCAAGUUAUCGUCCUCUCCCAUGGUUUUGGCACCGACCAAUCUGUUUGGAAGUACUUGGUACCACACUUUAUUGAAGAUCAUACCGUAGUUUUAUAUGAUAAUAUGGGUGCUGGUACUACUAAUCCAGAAUAUUAUGAUUUUGAAAGAUAUUCGAGUAUUGAAGGUUUCGUUUAUGAUUUGCUUGCUAUUUUAGAAGAAUUACAGGUUAAGUCUUGUAUUUUUGUUGGUCACUCAGUUUUGAGUAUGGUUGGUGCUAUUGCUUCCAUUUAUCGCCCGGAUCUCUUUUCUAAACUCGUCAUGCUUUCUGCUACUCCACGGUUAUUGAAUGAUAUAGAUUAUAAUGGAGGGUUCCAGAAAGAAGACCUGGACCAAAUGUUCGAAGGAAUGAGUUCCAAUUACAAAGCAUGGUGCUCGGGAUUCGCACCAAUGAUAGUAGGUGGUGACAUGGAAUCCAUAUAUGUGCAAGAAUUCUCUCGGACCCUAUUCAACAUGAGGCCUGAUAUAGCCUUAAAUUUAGCUAAGGUGAUAUUCCAAUAUGAUGCUAGACAUAUCCUAUCCAUGGUGACAAAACCGGUCCACAUAAUACAGGGCACCAUGGAUUUGGCAGUUCCAGUGAAAGUGUCUGAAUAUUUGCGUCAGAAUCUCGGCGGCCCAUCUACUGUGGAACUCAUGCCUACAAGUGGUCACUUGCCGCAAUUGAGUUAUCCAGAUAUCGUAAUCCCAGUUGUUCUCAAACACAUCUACUUAGAUAUAACGAAAUGAUAGUAUUUUUUUAUUUUUAAUGUUAAUAUCUUUCUAAGAAUGUUUGUUUUCUUAUGGUACGUAGUUAAAUAGUUGGAAGAGAGGUAAAACUUUAUUGUAUUAUAUGGUUUACAGGUUAAGUAGAGAAAAAUAAAACUCUAUUGUCUUCUUCUUA